AUGUUCCGGUCGCGGCAGCCACGGCCUGGCCCCGCAGCAGCGAGCACUCGGCGGCCACAGGGCGGAUACUAUCGGGACGCUGACUCCGGGCUUCAGUGUGUGCUGACAUGUCAAACUAUUCUUGAUGCUGCUCAUAAAUAUUCCUCAGACCCGGCAGCCUUUUUCCAGUCUUCAACUGUUUGGUUUUGGUGCUGAUACAAUAUGUACAAACUCAGAAGAGAGGUCAAGAUACAGCUCAUAAGGACAACUUUGUUGAAUCUGUUGAGCAUGGACAUAAUCAUUGUCACAUGGAAACCAAUUUUGUGGGUGUGUGGAUUGAGUUUUACAUGGACUUGCUGAUUGAAGAAUGAUGGCAUCAACACAUGGACAAAUUAAAAUCAUGGAAAAGCUAAAAUCGUUGAAUAGUGUUGCUACAACACAGUUGGGUGGCGAUUCAAAUACCUUUAUCUGUACUGAGUGUGGUGAUGGAUUCAGUCAGUACUCUAAUGUGCUGGCCCACAUGGCCGUUCAUGGACCUUUAGAGACGUUUUCCUUCGAUGGCUCUUCCAACGGAUUUGAAGUCCCCCGAGAAUACGUGCUACAAGAAAAUGGUACCCUGACAGUUGUGAAUGGGUUGGCACAGUCACAUUCUCUGAUGAAACCUGUAUCUCCAGGAGUCCUGCCAUCGCAUUUGCCAUCCCCUAUCAAACCAAUGUCUCCAACUUUAAAGCCACAACCUUCCCCCUACAGAGAUGUGUUUAGACCAAGGCCUGCAGACUUGACCCUGGACAAGUCUCGUCAGGGCCAUUACCGUUGUGAAAUAUGUAGCAGAUCAUUUAACAGUCUGCAGAGUUUACAUCGUCACCAGCAGUAUCGAAACACAGAGCGAGGUUACAAGUGUACUUUGUGUUGUAAAAUCUUUGAAGGUAGACAGGACCUUAAGAAACAUCUCCAGGACCACGCCAAGGAAAGCUUUCACUGCUGUGGUCAUUGUGGUAAGCGGUUCCUUAAAGUGGAUGCACUGAAUGCUCAUGAAAAAGAAAGCCACUUCUCUUCUAGUACCAUGGCUUUGGGUAAAUCAGAGAAUAAGCAUGAAAAAAAGUCAGAGAAAGCAUAUCCUUGUAAGAAGUGCAAGCUGAUUUUUUUCUGGAUGUCAGAUUUUCAAACACAUUCACUGUACCAUUGCAAAGGAAAAGAGCCUGAUGCUACUUUUAUAUCCGAAAUUGAAAUUGAACUGAACUCUAAAAACCUAGAAGAUGCACCACUUGAAAACUGUCACAGCAAUGGUACAUCUAUUGAUGUUGAGAAUGGGGAUUCUAAAAUCUUUGGGGAUACUAUUGGUAAGAUUGAUACAGAAUAUUCUUUCACACCAUACAGAUGUGGUUUAUGUGGCGAUCGUUUCCAAAAGUUAACAGCUCUAAAGGAGCAUCAUCUAACACAUCAGACUCAGGAGGAAAUUGAUCAGUUGAAUCAAGAAUCACAAAAAACUUCAAAUACAAAAAUGCCACCCAAAGGCAGACGUAGAAGAGGGAGUAAUCCAAAUGGCAAGCUGCAUCCUUGCAAGCAUUGUCAUCGUGUCUUUAACCAUUCUAGUAGUUUAUCUCGGCACAUGAGAUACCAUAAGGGUACUAUGCACACAUGUACAUUUUGCGGUAGACAUUUUCCACAACGCUGUGAUUUGAGAAGGCAUGUAGCCAUGUACCACAAAGCUGAAUUGGAAAAGAAACCAGCUUUGAAACUGUUGUAUACAGAUCCACAAAAUGAGCCUACCCCCAAACCUGUUAAUGGCGAGAAAAAAACAAGUUCUCCAGAUGAGAAAACUAAGAGCCCCUCUGACGAUGAACAAACAACAUCACCAGAGCAGCCCCCACCGGGGAAACAAUCGGGAAAAGCUGGGCGAGUUAACUACAAGUGUCAGGAAUGUGGAAAGAAAUUUGGGCUAUUGUGUGUGUACCAACGGCACUUGCGUUAUCACAAAAAGGAACCAAGUAAGUGCCCCCAAUGUUCAGCUCAAUUCACGGAUUCUUCAUCUCUGGAGCUUCACCUUCAAAAUCACCCAAGCACUGGAGAAGUAGGUGAUGUUGGACAAACUUCUCACUGCUAUGGCUCCAACGGGGAUCCUGUCCUUAAAAAGAAUAAUGCAGAAGACAUAGAGGAUGAUUAUAUGGACAUAACUCAAAAUAAUAAAGGAAAUUCUUCAGAGGUUCUUUACGAAUGUACAGAAUGCACUGAAACGUUCUCAUGCCUGGAGUCAUUUCUUCAGCACCAGACUUCUCAUGGCUCAGAAAAUAACGGGUAACUAUCAUGUCAGACGCAUUCAUUUUUAUUUUUUUUCCGCCAUUCAAAAUCUCAGGAGUUGUUUUAACUCUUUUGAAUAAUAUUUGGGGAAAAGAAAUUGAUGUAAAGUUUGUAAUGGUUAUUUUAGAUGACUUCUUUUAUACAAUUUUUCUCUGGCAUGAGGUGAAAAAUUCUGUUCAUUGGUGAAUUUGAAACCAUCGAAACUGCUAAGUAAGGCUUUGGGGCUGAGCAAGCCAAAUAACGAAGUGAUCUCAAAAUGAAAAAAAACACGAACAACUAUAAAAUGUCUGACCUGGAUAAAAAGCAAGUUUGAACAUAGCAUUCAUCCACAGGCUAUGGUUGUGGUUAAUUUGAAAGUCUCACCAAUUGUUCAAUAGCUAGGAUAACUGUUGCUUUUAUUGUAUUUUUUUAGUACCUACCAUGCCAUGUCACUGUUUGAGAUUUUCUUUAAUAUAUCGUAUUUGUUUGUAUCUUUUUUAAGGAUUGCAUUGUCACUGAAUUGUGCCAUUAAAGUUGUACAGAAGAAUGA